AUGAUUGAAAGUGGAAACUUAAAUCGAAGUGAAAUUAUUAAAGAACUGUGUUUGUGCAAUGGUUUAUCUUACGAGAUGGUUGGACAAGAAGGAUCAGAUACUUCCAAACUGGAGAUGUUUUUCUCGGGGUAUCCCCGAAUAGUUGGAUUAUCGUUGUUUCCCAACUUAUUGAGUCUCACAAUUGUUGCUCAGGAUAUAAAGGAGAUUUCAGGAUUGGAGACUUGUUUACAACUUAAAGAACUUUGGAUUGCUGAGUGCUGCAUAGAGAAAAUUGAAGGCCUUCAAGAAUGUAAAAAUUUGGAAAAAUUAUAUUUAUAUUACAAUAAAAUUUCCAAAAUACAAAAUUUAGAGAAAUUAAUAAGAUUGGAAGUUCUUUGGCUGAACCACAAUAUGAUAAGAACUAUUGAGGGCUUAGAGACUCUGAAGAAUUUAAAUGACCUCAACCUUGCAGGAAACCUGAUAAGCAGCAUUGGGCGAUGUCUUGAUCCCAAUGACCAACUGGAAAAACUAAACCUUUCUGGAAACCAAAUUACUUCUUUCAAGGACCUUACUAACUUGACCAGGCUGCCUCGCUUAAAGGACUUAUCUCUGAAUGAUCCUCAGUAUAAAACUAAUCCAGUGUGCCAGCUGUGCAAUUACUCCACCCACAUCUUGUAUCACUUGCCUACUCUUCAACGACUCGACACCUUCGAUGUAUCUGCAAAGCAAAUCAAGGAACUAGCCGACACCACAGCAAUGAAGAAAAUAAUGUAUUAUAACAUGCGAAUAAAAACUGUUCAGAGACAUCUGAAUGAAGAGCUUGAGAAACUGAAUGACAAAAAGUGCAAGUUGCAGAAGCUACCAGAAGAACGGAUAAAAGUAUUCAACUUUGCAAAAAAAAACUUAGAACGGGAGUUAGCUGAGCUCAGGGGGCCUGGUAAAGGACAAAGUGAUGAUGAUGCACCAGAGGCCGAGACACCCAGGACCAGUGAGACUGUGGCACAAGAUUCGGGUCGGCAGCAGAAGAUUCUCACCAAACUGAGCGCCCUGGAUGAAAGGGUGGCAUUCUGGAAGAAGAAACUACACGAAAUUGAAGUAAUUUACCAUAUUGAAGUAAGACAGAAGAAGAAGAGCCAUGGCUUAUUGACCCCGUUUUUGCUAACCGAAUUGGAGACUGUGGGGAAUAUCCACUUUGAAGAAGGCACCGAAGCUGAUGACUGGUUUAAUUCCUGCUAUGAACUAAUUCUCUCACGUUUCUGUACCUGGGACUUCAGAGCGUAUGGCAUCACAGGCGUGAAGGUCAAGCGGGUCAUUAAAGUUAACAACCGUAUUCUGAGACUGAAGUUCGAAGAGAAAUUCCAAAGGUUUUUGGAUCAUGAAGAUACACAUGAUUUGGAGAGCUAUCGGAAGAUGCUGGAGUGUCUCUUUUAUGUCUUUGAUCCUGAAGUGGCAGUGAAGAAAAAGCACCUGCUCCAAAUACUUGAAAAGGGGUUCCAGGAGAGCGAGACAAACAAGCCCCCUCUCAGAAGAGAAGCUGUUACCCUUGUGAACAGCCUCAGUAUGUGCGAGUGCCCCCGAAUUGAGUUCCUCCAGCAGAAGUGUAAGGAAGAGAUGAAAAAUCCAGCCGAUUAUGACCUCCUCAGAUACGGCACCAUCCUCAUUGCGAAGGUUUUCCUUGGCCAGAGCGUUCAGGCUCGUGAACAGGAGCCCAUCAGUAAAGCCAACUAUCCCAUGGUUAACUCGGUGUUCAUGCCUCAGAAACAUUUGCUAAGACAAAGACAUUGCGGUUGCGGCUAUCGGCAGUUCAAGUGGUUUGUCUUUGACCAUGACCUUGUUUUGCCAGAGUACAUCGUUGAUUUUGAGUAUAUCACAGUGGUCAAAGUUCACUCUUUACUUUCUACAUUAAACACUGUUAUUCUAGAAGAAGGCAAGAAAUAUUCUGAAGGAUUAGUAUUCUCGCAGGAGUUGAAAUUUGAUGAUGAGGUUAUGAAGAUGGAGCCCAGGAUUAAACCCCGCCCAAAACUCAUUAAUUUGGAUGAUAAGGCGAUAAUUUCCCUUGCUAAGACUAACAUUUACAGCCAUAUUGUGAAUCUGAACCUGCACGGGAACAGCUUGAGUAAACUGAGAGACCUUUCCAAGUUAACUGGACUUCGAAAACUGAACAUUAGCUUUAACGAAUUCACUUGCUUAGAUGAUGUGUAUCAUUUGUGUAACCUCGAGUAUUUGGACGCCAGCCACAACCAUGUGAUAACUCUGGAGGGCUUCCGAGGCCUGAUGAAACUGAAGCAUUUAGACCUGAGCUGGAACCAGCUGAAGAAGACGUGCGAUGAGAUCAACGUGCUGUGCAAACACACCACAAGCCUCCUCACCCUUGACAUCCAGCACAACCCCUGGCAGAAGCCAGCCACAUUGAGGCUGAGUGUUAUUGGCAGACUAAAGACGCUUACACACUUAGAUGGAAUCUUCAUCUCUGAAGAAGAAACCAGAGAAGCUCUGAAGUUCAUUAAUGGAACAAAGAUUACUCAGUUAACUCUCUUACAGCAUUCCAGUUCCGAAGAGGAAAGACCUCGGAUGCUUAGUGUCUGGCCUUCCGCCAAAAUUCUGACACAGAUUUCAAAGUUAGGACCACAUUUCCAUCUGACUGGGAACUGGCACUUGAAGAUAACUGCCUUAAAUUUAGAUGGACAACAUCUCUUUGAAAUCACAAAUCUAGAAAAAUUGGAGAAUUUGAAAUGGGCAUCAUUCAGCAAUAACAACCUCUCCAAAAUGGAAGGCUUGGAGUCCUGUGUCAACCUGGAGGAGCUCACGUUAGACGGCAACUGCAUCUCAAAAAUAGAAGGCAUCGCCAGGCUGACUAAACUAAGCCGCCUCAGCAUGAACAACAACCUUCUCACCGGCUUGGAGAAACAUACUUUCGACAACAUGCUGCAUCUCCACUCCCUUUCUCUCGAGAACAACAGGAUCACAUCUCUGAGUGCUUUACAAAAGACGUUCACCCUGAUAGAGCUGUACAUAAGCAAUAACUACAUAGCUGUGAACCAGGAGAUCUACAACUUAAAGGGUUUAUGCAACUUGGUCAUCCUAGACAUGUAUGGAAACAUUAUUAUAUGGAACCAAGAAAACUACCGGUUGUUCGUAAUAUUUCAUCUUCCAGAACUGAAGGCCUUGGAUGGACUCCCAAUUGAUCCUCCAGAGAUUGAGAAUGCAAAAGAUUUGUUUGGUGGUAGACUUACGUCUGACAUGAUUGCCGAGCGACAAGGACACUCCAACUUUGUCCAAAUGCAGGAACUAAACUGGACAUCAUCAUCCAUCAGGACUGUGGACCUGAUUCCUGUUGACCAGUUCAGGAAUGUGUGCAGCGUGAACCUGCAGAACAACAACCUCACCUCGUUCAGCGGCCUCAUCUACCUGCCCAAUGUGAAGGCACGUGGCUGA